UCCUUGGAACUUGGAGCAAUCGGAACAUUGAACAGACGACGUAAAACAUUACAUUGAUUCAAGGCAGGACUGGGCAAAACUCCAGGUCGUUGUAUUCGGUAACUGGCAUAAAGGGCUGUCAUAAUUGUUGGUUGAGAUCACCAUAGAGCUAAAUCUAAGGAUGUUGAUUCUAGGAACUACCUCGAGUGUUAAACUAAUUUCUAAGAUUUUCAGAAGCUUCAAUGGUUCGCUUCAGAAAGAAUAUGGGAGAAGACUUUUGUCGUCAUUUUACACAACAGAUCCUAUUAACAAGAAUGAAAAGACUUUUGAUAAAAUUUUGAUCGCAAAUAGAGGAGAAAUAGCAUGUAGAGUAAUUAAAACAGCCAAAUUAAUGGGCAUUAAAACUGUUGCAGUACACUCAACAGUCGAUUCAAGUGCACUACAUGUUAAAAUGGCUGAUGAAGCUGUAUGUAUUGGACCACCAGCUACUAGAGAAUCAUAUCUAAACAUGGACAAGAUUCUGAGUGUAAUCAAACAGACUGGAUCUCAAGCUGUUCACCCAGGAUAUGGUUUUCUAUCAGAAAAUGCUGAAUUUGUGACAAUCCUGGAAAGAGAAGGUGUUGCUUUUAUUGGUCCAUCAGCACAUGCUAUUUCAGGAAUGGGAGACAAAAUCGAGUCGAAAAAAGUUGCAAAAGAAGCCGGAGUCCAUGUAAUCCCAGGUUUCGAUGGUGUGGUUGUAGAUGAAGAUCACUGCAUUCAAAUUGCGCGAGACAUUGGUUAUCCUGUUAUGAUAAAGGCAUCCGCUGGAGGUGGAGGAAAGGGUAUGCGGAUAGCAUGGAAUGAUGCCGAAGCUAGGGAAGGAUUUCGCUUAUCCAAACAAGAGGCAGCCAGCUCAUUUGGUGAUGAUCGAAUGCUUGUUGAGAAAUUUGUUGAUAAUCCCAGACACAUUGAAAUUCAAAUUCUUGGAGAUAAACAAGGAAAUGUUAUUUAUCUAAAUGAAAGAGAAUGUAGCAUACAGCGACGUAAUCAGAAAGUCAUUGAAGAAGCUCCUAGUACCUUUAUAGACCCUGCCACGCGUAUGGCGAUGGGGCAACAAGCCGUUACAUUGGCCAAGAAAAUCGGAUAUUGCUCUGCUGGAACUGUGGAGUUUUUAGUUGAUUCUAAGAAAAAUUUUUAUUUCCUCGAAAUGAAUACUCGAUUGCAAGUAGAGCACCCUAUUACAGAAAUGAUUACUGGUGUUGAUCUUGUACACCAAAUGAUUCGUGUUGCCAAAGGUUAUCCUCUCAAUCUUAAACAAUCGGAUGUUCCAUUGAGGGGUUGGGCCAUUGAAUGCCGAGUAUACGCGGAGGAUCCUUUCAAAAACUUCGGAAUGCCCUCAAUUGGACGCUUGCAUCAAUAUAUUGAACCAACCUUUAUCCCAAAUGUUCGCUGUGACAGUGGAAUUGAAGAGGGCAGCGAAAUUAGUAUUUACUAUGAUCCAAUGAUUUGCAAGCUUGCUUGUCAUGGCCUUACACGACAAGAAGCACUAAACACUUCUGUCGAAGCUCUUGAUUCGUAUGUCAUUCGAGGUGUCACUCACAACAUUCCAUUAUUGCGAGACAUCCUAACUGAACGCCGUUUUGUUGAAGGUGAUAUCAAUACCAAAUAUCUUCCAGAGGUAUACCCUAAUGGGUUUCUAGGAAAACAGCUUACAUCAUUGGAGAAAGAGCAUUUAAUAAGCAUAGCUGGAUGUUUAUGGGCUACAAAUGAAUUGCGAUCACAAACUUUUUCUAAUGAAAAAAAUAUUAACAUCAUGCUCAAUAAUAAUGUUCAAGAAUGGGUUUUAUCAAUUGACGUCGGGGGAAACAAAACUGCUUGUCAAAUAAAACUGGAUGAAGACGGCCACUUCAAGAGCUCUAUUGAAGGAAAGUCUUACCGUAUACCGAACGCCUUUAAUUUAGCUUCCCCCGUUAUUAAAGCGACAGUUGACGACGAAACUCAUAUAAUUCAACUCAUCUCUAAAAAUGCAAAUGGGAAUUUCCGCAUUAGGUACAAGGGCACACCAUUUACAGUCAAUAUUUUGACCAAGAAGUCAGAGAAUUACAAAGCUCAUAUGCUUGAAAAGCCAAAGGUUGAUGUGAGCAAAGUUGUUCUUUCGCCAAUGCCUGGAGUAGUAAAAAGUGUGAAUGUCAAAGCUGGCGAUAGUGUUAGUGAAGGCCAAGAAGUUUUGGUUAUCGAGGCCAUGAAAAUGCAAAACAAGUUGACUGCUACAGCCACGGGGACAGUAAAAUCAGUAAAUUGUCGUUCAGGAGACACUGUAGAAGAAGGAGCGGUUCUAGUAGAACUUGAAUAAAUGUUACGCGCUUGCAAUUAAGCCAAGUAUCAUUUGGGGUGAAUUGAAAAUUGAGUGUACAUGUUAAAUACAACUAUAUUAGAAGGCGG